AUCGGGCAAAUCAAGAAAAAUGUUGCGUUUUCUUCAAUUUUUCAUUCUCCUUAUUCGUUUAUCCAAAUCGGAUAUUUUUGGAUCGCCGGAACUUGUGGAACCGAGGACUGUCUACCAUGAUUUUAUGGAUGUUAUUUCAACUUCGGAGUCUUGUUCGGACUAUUUUGAGCAAACCGUGGCCACGUUGAACCAUUUGAAUCGAUCCAGUUACUCAGAAGCUAUUAGCCAAGAUUUGUUCCAGGAAUACAUUAAGUUGCGUAAAGGUGGACUGACGGAAAUUGUGAUAGAGCAAAUUUUGAAUUUGUACUGCCAGGCUAAAAGACACUUGCCACAAGCAAUCAAUAGUUGGAUUCCUCCAUCAUUUCUGAACGGGAAUUACACAGGGGAUUUGACAGGAGAUUCUCCAUAUAAUGACGAUUACCACCUGGCGAAAAACAAGGGAGAUGUGUUUAUGGCCGCCUAUCGAACUCAUAAAAACAACAAAUUGGCUGAAAAACUCAAGACAUCCACUGAUUUUCCAUACAAAUCGGAUUUACUCAAAUUCUACCGUCUAUCUGCCUGUAUUGUACUUUUGAGUCUGGCAUUGAGUCUGCAAAAUGUUCUCCGAAUUUUCUAUGAGAAUCAGGAAGAGGAUGAUGAUGACGAAGAUUAUGAUGAUGAGGAAGAGGAUCAGGGAAAUGGUGGAUAUGGGUUCUACGCUGAAAUCUACUUGUGUGUGGUCUUUGGCCUGUCCUUGAUCACUAUUUUGAUAUUGAUUAAGGAACUUGAAAAAAUAUUAUUUCUAAUCUACAUGAGCCUUCUAUUUCGUAAAAUAUAUCUUCCCAGAAGGUGAAAUUCAAAAUCUGGAGCUGCGGAAACAACAUGGAUGUAAACUAAUUUAUCGGUACAAUAAUAAAGGAGGGUAUUGUAAA